AUGGGUGACCAAAGUACCUUCAACAAUACAGACCACACAACCACUCACAAUCAGGCUGGUCACCAGGUUGUCAAUGGGGAUGGAUCGGGUGCUAGCAUCCAGGAUAAGGACAAGUCUCACCUCGACAGAAAGCUCCUUGAUGCGGCAAAGGCCGGGGAGACCGAGAAAGUGCAGCAACUUCUGGACGAGGGAGCAAAUGCCUCUGCGACCGAUGCACAAGGCCAGACCGUGUUACAUAUAGCUGCUUCUGAAGGGCUGACGGAUAUUGUCAGUCUUCUACUCAAACGCGGGGCGAAAAAGGAUGUGAGGGACAAUUCCGACCGUCAACCUGCACAUCUCGCAAGGCUGUUUGGUCAUGUUCCUCUGGCGAACAAGUUGGAGUUGAAUUUGCUUUGA